UCCUGGGUAGCCUACGGGCAAUUAUUACUUACCUGAUUUACAAAUACAGUUGCGUCACUUUUUUAAAAACUUGAAGUAAAAGAAAAUUCUAAUGUCAAUGGAAAAAAAGUUUUCCCUAAUUUGAAGAGCAAUUAAUUAUAAUAUUGUGACGGACGUACCUAUAUUGCACAUCAUAUCGUAUGUAAUAAUAUCGUGUUAAGUAAUGGGUGAUAGCAGGAAACAUAUGAAUAGCCUUGGCAGCGUGUGCAAUGAGUUCAAGAAUCAAUAUGACGACUGUUUUAACGUGUGGUUUUCUGAAAAAUUCCUGAAAGGUGACACAAAUGACUCCAUGUGUGCCACACUGUUCUCUAGUUAUCAACAGUGUAUCAAGAAAGCAAUGAAGGAUCAACAGAUUGAAUUGCAUGAUGUACAAGCCAAUCACUUGGGUACUGAGAAAGAAAAAGUUCCUCCAAGCUGACAAAGCUGCAAAAGUUGAGCCUCUGCAAUCAAUUCCUGCAUAUGUGAUAUAUAUGCUGUUCGUUCAGCUCUAACAAAAGCACUCACGUCCUUGAGUUACAAAGCAAUAAUAUUUCGAGAGAAAGCGUGUAAUAUAGACGUGUGGUAUUUCAUUUGAUGUUAAUGGUGUUACGACUUAGUUUCAAGACUGCCUUACAAUAUUCAGGCUUUCAGUUGUAAAUGAUUUUUUAAAUAUUUUUUAGUUUUUAUUUCAUAUUGUAGAUACUUCUACUUAAUGUACAAAACUAUGACGAUUAUGUAAAAAAAAAAAAAAUAUACAUAUAUGUAUAACGUUCAAUACAAACGGUACA